CAAUUUGAUAGAAAGUUGUUACAAAUUUCAAUUUUCGAGAAUUACUUUGAUGUCGUUUAGCCUUUAGCGACUAAUUGUAAUUAGUUAUAAGUUAAUAACUACGUAGUAUCUAAUUUUUAUAGAUGUAAUACUUUUACACUUGUACCUAGUUUUUAAUAGUAUUUAAAUUUUAUGCAAUUGUACUUAAUAAUUUGAUUUGUUUUAAAAAGAUGACAUCAUUUGAAUGCAAAGGGGUUCAUGUUGAUUUUCCUUAUGAACCGUACGAAGUACAAAAAAUAUACAUGGAGAAGGUAUUGGAGUGUUUACAAAAUGUAUGUAUUACCUAAAUAACAGGGUCUCAUAGUUGUAUUCUAUUUGUUGUAUUUCGGAAAACAAUAAAUGUACCCAUUCAUUUUUAUUAUUAUUUAUUAAAACCUUUUAGUUAGAAUAUUAAAAUACUAAUUAAAAUUAUGCAAUAAGUACAAUUUUGUUAAAUUAUUAAACCUUUUAGCAGUUGCACAAAAAUUGUAUUCACAAAAAAAAAUAAGCCAAAAUUGUGAUUUUUAUCACUUGUUUAUUCUUUUAUUUUUGUUCAUAUUUUUAUUUAUCUGCGUGGCUUGUAGAAAUAGUCAUAUAUGUUAUCCCUGCUUAGUUUUCAUUUUUUAAAUCUGUAUAUACAUUACAUUUUUAGGGAAGUAAUGGUGUUUUGGAGUCUCCUACUGGAACUGGGAAAACUUUAUCCCUGAUAUGCUCAUCAUUAGCUUGGCUAAUGGCAAAGAAAGCUGCAAUACAAGCUAAUCGAAUAUGUCUAACUGAGAAUAACAUAUUAUCUAUAGCAGUUAACACGGCAGCAGGCAUUGAUAAAAAUCCAAACAGUGCUUGGAGUACUUUAUUACAUUUCAUUAUUUUGACUUUAUUUUUAUUUUUAUAUCUAUAAAUUAUACAUUAUUUGUCAUUCAUUACUAGAUAGUGUGAUGCGACCACCCCGGAUUAUUUAUGGUUCUCGAACACAUACUCAAUUAAACCAAGUGAUGAAAGAACUUCGACGAACCAAUUAUAAACACAUGAAAGUUGGUAUGAUAGGUUCUCGAGACCAAUUGUGUAUACAUCCUGAAGUAAUAAAAGAAUCAAAUUCAUCUGUUAAAAUUGCCCUAUGUCGUGCCAAGGUUAGUGCUCGUACAUGUCAAUUUUAUAAUAAUGUUGAGCUUAAAUCUAAAGAAGCAUUCAUAGAAAAUGGAAUUGUUGACAUUGAAGAUUUGGUAAACAAGGGAAAAAAAUUUAAUUGUUGCCCAUAUUAUGGUUCUAGAGAACUUCAAAAAGAUGUAGAUGUAUUAUUUACACCAUACAAUUAUAUUAUUGAUCCUAGGACCAGAAAAGCCCAAGAUAUCCAAUUUAGUGUGCGUACUUCUUUGUUCAAAUUAUACACUUUUAAUACUAUUUAAUUGUAUUUUUCAUUGUAGGAAGAUGUUAUAAUUCUUGACGAAGGACAUAAUGUUGAAAAAAUGUGUGAAGAAUCGUGUUCUGUUGAAAUAAGUAGCACUGAUAUUGCACUUUGCAUUGAUGCUGUAACUGAUGUAAGAUAAAUUUCCAAUUAUAACUUUUCUUAGGUUUGGCUACGGCUAUUGGAUAGUUGCACAAUCAUGUAUUGUAUAGUAUGGUGACCAAAUAUUCGUUAGUACCUAGCGUUAGUACCUAGCGUUAGUGAACAUUAAAUUAUUAGUGUAGUAAAACCACAUAUAUAGAUACCUAUUCCUAUAUCUUGAGAUCCUUAAUAAUAGUAAUAGUAAGAAUUAAUAAGGCUCUCUUAGCUUAUAUUUAUAACAUAUCUCUAACUGUGGUUUUUAUAUUUAGUUUUAUUUAAUUUGUAAUCAUUAAGACUAUUGCACUGUAUACAAAGUGUACAAAAUUCUAUGUUUCAGCAAUUUUCUCCUAUAAAUAUUCUGAAUAGAGAAUAAUUUAUAAUGAAACAUUUUUAUUAAAUAGUGUAAUUCUUCUUCUUCUUCAUUGAUAUCACAACUAUUCAAGAGUUUUUGCUGUCACCAACACCUCCUUCUACUGUUUUUAAUUCCCUACUUUUUCUUCCCAAAGGGGCAUCCCUAGUUUCUCUAAAUCCUGUUUUAUUCCAUCUAUCCAUCGCUUCUUUGGACGUUCUCUUGGUCUCUUCUCUGUGGGUUUCCAUUUAACCACUGCUUUAAGGUACUCUGAGUUAGACCUUAUCAUGUUCUUUGUGCUUUUACAAAGUUGGUUAUCCUUGGUACUCCUGUCAAUUCUCGGGUCUCUUUGUUCAUUCUUCUGCGCCAGCAUCCCAGAUCGUUGUCGUAUUCUGGGCUGCAGAUGAUUCUCAGUAAUUUGUUUUCGAACGAUAUAAGUUUUUGUUCCAUUCUUCUUGUUAAAGGCCAUACCUCACAUCCAUAUGUUAGCGUUGGUCUAACUAUCACCGUGCAGAGAUGUACUUUGGUUCUUCUAGAAAACAGUUUAGAUUUUAGGUAUUUGGUUAAUAAAAAAGAUGCCUUUUCUGCUUUGAUGAUUUGGCUAUUUAAUUUGAUGGACCAGUCAUUAUUACCACUGAUAGACGUCCUCAGAUAUGUAAAUUGACAUACUUUUUCAAAUGUAUGCCCUUGAAUCACUACAUUGUCUACCUGGUUGUUUUUGAGUAAUAACUCCAUCACUAGUUUUAUUAUCAUUUACAUUCAGCCCUUUGGUUUUUGCUUUGUUAAUGAGUACUGCGGUGUUCUGCGCCACACUCUCUCCAUCGUUACAAACUAUAUUCAAAUCAUCCGCAAAUCCUAAAAUACCAUUCUUUUUUGCCUAUGUUGACACCGUAUUUAUCCCUUUGUAUACUCUGUACGACUUUCUCCAGUACAAUAUUGAACAGUAGUGGUGAGAGAGCGUCACCUUGCUUUAAGCCUGUUACCACUUGGAAUUUUUCGGAUAGUAGUGUAAUAUAAAAUUAUGUGUAAUAUGAAAUAUUAAUAGUAUAAUAUAAAAUUAUAUAUGGAUUUUAAAUUUUUAGAUGCCUUUUUUUGGGGGGGGGGGUUAGAUUUUGUAGUCAAAUUUUGUAGUCAAAUUUUGAUAUUCAAAUGGCAACUUUUAUUCAAAAUUCCAUAAAUAAAUUGAGGAUUUGUACAAAUAUUUGUUGGUGUUAAAAAUUUUGAUUUCUGUUAACUCUGUUGACGAGAUAUUGCACUUUUUAGUUUUGGCAGGGGGAAAGUAGUGGAACAUUAUGUACUUGAAUGAUGGUGCGAUAUUUUAAUUGCAAUUCAACUUUAAAAUACGCUGCACAUACACAAUGGGUUUUCUUAUUUUCUUAAAACAAUAUUCUACAACUUCUUCCCUCAAUGUUUUUAUUGAUAUUAUUGUGAGAACCUCAAAUAUUAUUUUGGACGAAUUGUAGUAUGGUAGGUAAAAUUUAAAAAGCAUUAUGUAUUUUUUAGUUUCAUAAAAUAAUAUAUAAAACUUAAAAGUAAGCACAAUCAGUAUUAAAUACACUAGAUAAUUUAGAUUAUCUCUUUCCUUUGUAUAUUCCUAUAGCUGUAUACUUUUUUGAAAAUUUAAUGUACACUAAGUACCUCUAGGUUUUUAACAUGACUGUAGAUAAGAACAUUUUUGUCCGUGUUUAGAUUCUGUGACGCACAAUAAAAAGUUGCUAUAAAUAAAUUUGUAUUUAAAUUGGUUUAAAAAUAUAUAAUUAUUUUUUAUUCAGAUUAUGAAACAAUUAUACGAUGAGAAAACUACACAAUUUUCUGAAGAACCAAUUCAGUUACGACCAAGAGAGUUCUCUGAUGAUGAUAUAUGUGUGUUAAAAGCAUUGUUUUUAGAAAUAGAAAAAGUAAUUGAUGGCAUUGAGCUUUCAAAUAGUACAAAUGAUAAAAAAAUGGAAGGAUCUUAUGUAUUUAGAUUACUUCAAGGUGCAGAUGUUCGUAAUUAUAUUGAGAUGAAAAAAUAAUUAUUCUCUACUAAUCUAAUUAUUUAUAUUUUAGAUAAAUCCUUCAAACAUGUCAAAGUUUAUUAGUUUUUUAAAUGCGGUUAUAUUAUAUAUGUCUUCAUCAAACAUUUCUCCUCACCAACCUAAAGAAGCAUGUUUGAACAAAUUUCAACAAUUUUUAGAAUGUGUUUUGCAAAGUUUAGGAUCUACUGGAGACCCUAAAAAUACAGACAAAUAUUUUAGAGUAAGUUUAAAAUUACUGAAUAUAUUAAAAUAAUAAUAAUAUUUAAUGAGGAGGCUGAUACAGUGACUAUUAAACAUUUUUUUUCUUUUUCUUUUUCUUAAACAUUUUUAAUUAUCAAUUAUCAUUGAUGAUAUUAUUAAUAUUCAUGUCUUAAAUUUUGGAGAAACUAUAAUAAAUGAAGAUUUAUUGUGAAAUAAAUUACUGCCUUGGAUUUUGGAAUUAUUGAUUGUUAGAUAUGCAUUUUUUUUUAGUGAUAAAUAGUAGUGAUUGUUUAUAAUUGUAUGUGUUAUUAAUUGAGCAUAUAAUAUUUUAUAUUUUAAUAAUUUUUAAGAUCAUUUUAUGAUAAAUCUGUUUUUAUCAUAUUAUUUUAAUAAUUAAUAUUACUACAAUGUUUUUAUUUUGAGAUUAUAGGAAAUAGAUUGAUCAACUCUAAUAGUAAUUUAUUUAAUAAUAUUGUAUAUAUGAGAUUAUUAAAUCCAAUGAAGCCCAAUGUUCUUAAAUAACAAAAUAUAAAAUGUCUGUUAAUAUUUAAUUAUAGAUUUAGUAAUCAAAUAUCAGCUUGUAUAUGUACACAAGUUUUCAAGUCCCACCAUGUUUUGCAGAUUUUCUAUUGGUAUUAAUAGUCAAUUUUUUUUAAAUAUUUUUUUCCGAUUUGGUUUUCUUUGGGGGGUGGGGGCAUGUAUUUUAAGAAAAAUACAAUUUUUAUUUUCAGCGUUUUAGUAACAACUGUUAUAUUUUUAGAAAAAACAAUACUACCGCAUAACAUGAUUACUUGAUUAAUUUGUUAUAAAUUGAAAUGGUACCUAGUUACUAAAAAUUAUUGAUCAGAUAUAAAUGUAUUAUACAUUAAAAUUUUUACAAAAUGGCUGUUUCAAUAAUGUUGUAAAGUAAAUAAAUAAUUUUUUUUUUUACUGAUUAGAGGAUGAAAAUUCAAAUUUAAUUUACUUUAAAUAAAUGCCAUCUCUCAAAGAAAACAGUUUAAUCGAAAAAAAAAUGUAAUAUAUAAUUACAACUCUUGAAAAAUCUGUUGAACACAGUUGAACACUAUAUUUUAUUCCUAUUUACUUUUUUUCAAUUUAUAUUAUAAUGAUUUCUACGUGUAUAUAUAAAAUGUUUAGAGCGUUGCAUUUUUCCAGAUAUUUUUAUUAUAAUUUUUUACAUAGGCAUAUACAAAUUCAAGAUAGACUAAUUCUUAUUAUUUUUUUUUAUUUCUAAAGAACAUUUACAAUCUGUUAGAAUUUAUGUACAAAUAAUAACUAUGAAGAAGGAGGCCAGCCAGUUUAGCUAAUGUUGGAAUUAAACUUAUUGGUCUGUAGGAGGUGGCUAGAGUUGUUGGUUUAUUUGGUUUUGGUAUAAGUAUAGUUGACAAUUUCUAUAUUUCUAUAUUAUGAGAAAUAUAAAAAUCUUAACAUAGCGUUGAAGAUAUAAGUAAUUAGUAAAAUGGGUUUGUGAGGAAGGGUUUUGAGAAUUUUGCUGGUGACAUAACCUGGAAAUUUUCCAUCUUUUAAUUUUAUAAUUAAAAAUAACAUUUCAUUUGGUGAAAUAUGUUUAGCAGGUAAUGAAAUAGGUAGGUAUUGAAAGAUUAUUUGACAGUUUCUAAGUGUUUCCUGAAUAGAUUAGCUUUCUCAAUACCAGAUAUAUCCAAGGAGCUAUCUGGAUCAGUUAAGAGAGGGAGAUGUUCUUUUAUUCUAAUUAGCUUUUUAGUUAUUUUCCAAAGAGAACCAUUUGUUUGGUUUAAUGAUUUUCUAAAAAUUCGGAUUUGUGUUUUUAUAUUAAUCUUUUUAAAGUAUUUGCUAGAUGGUUAAACAGUUUUUUAUCAGAUGGAUAACAAUAUUUUUGUCACCUAGAGUGCAUGUGCCAUUUUUUAGAAAUUAGAUUUAUAAUUGCAAGUAGAGAUGAUUGUCUUGAGUUGUUUUUAGAAGGUCUAAGUGUAUUCAGUUUACUUUUCUGCAUCCAUAUGUACGGAUGCAGAAUGUACUGAAAACGUCAUAUUUAGUUGAUGGUGUAAGAAGAAAAAAUUAAAAUAAAUGCAUAACAAAAUACACACACUAUGCAUCAAACAUUAUGCCAUGCUUAUUUUUAUACUUUAUUUCUUAUAAAAUACCUAUACAAGAAAUAUUUCAAUUGUAUUUUUUGUAAUAAAUAUUUUAUGUAUUAACUGAUAAUUAUAUUGCACUGUUUUUUUAGACAUACAUACAGUUAGAACAGAUCAAAUAUAAACCCAAAAAUGAUACAAAUAAACUAAAAGAACUCAAAAAAGGAAAAACUAUACAUUUUUGGUGCUUUAGUCCUGGAUUUGGGUAUGAAUUCACUCAGUUACUUAACAUUGUUGGAUACUGUUCUUUCUCUCUCAUUUAUUAAAAAGUACAUUGACUGGUGCUUAAUACAGAUAAAAUAGUAUCAAUUAAUAUGUUUUCCAAUAGAAUAUAAAUGGAGUUAUAUAAAUGCUUGUCAUAUAUAGAUAUGAAUUUCACAAUCCACAUUCCUUCCUUUAUACUUCAGUCUAUAGAUUCUUCUUAAUUAUAUUGUAGAUGUUGUUUGAUUCCAUUCUUUACAUAACAAAAUAAUACAAAUUAUUAACAAUAUAUUUAUAUUAUAUAUAAAAUAUUAUUGUAUAUAAUACAAAUACAAAUUGUACAAUUGCUUGCCAUAUAGUUUAUCCAAAACUGAUGUAUUGAUGUUUAAUAUUAGUUUAUUAAAUUGUAUAGAAUAACUAUUAGGUAUCUAGUAAAAUGUUCCAAAUAAAGUACCACCCAGUGGAGAAACUGCAUCAUUUAAGGUACAGAGCGAAAGUUUUGGAGCACUUUUAUUAACUAAAAAUAGAAUCUGACAAAAAAUAACAUUUCUUUUUCAAACUUAUAUGUUCUUAACUAGUUAGAAUUAAAAAAAAAUUAAUGUACACUAAAAUUACAGGUUUUUUUUCCAAUUGUUCAUAAUUAAGAGAACAUUAUACUGGCCUUUGCUGUCUUUGUUUAUUUUAUAGCAAAAUUGUAUUUUUGUAAUACCAUUUAUACCUUUUUGUUAGGUUUUUACCAACUAUUGUAAAUGUCAGUGUAAUGUCCUCUGAUAAUUAAUUUUCAACAGGAUGAGAGAUUUAUUGGAUAAAAAUGUUCAUUCUAUAAUAAUUACAAGUGGAACAUUGUCACCCUUAAGAGCAACCAUUUCUGAAAUUGGAAUACCAGUUAAUGUCCAAUUACAAAAUUCCCAUGUGAUUAAAAGUAACCAAGUGAGUUGUGUUAUAAUAUUUUUAAUUUGAUGUCCUUAAUUUUAUUUUUAUUUUAGGUUUGUGCAUCAGUUAUAAAAACAGGGCCAAAUAACAAACCACUUAUAUGUAACUACAAUAACCGGUAAUUUAUAAUAAUUUAUAGUAAGUUAGUAUUAGUAGCAGUGGCUUAGUUGUGAUUAUGUUCUAUGGGAGGAUGAAUAAUUUUUUAGGUAAACUUUGUGCUGGCCUCCCCCCAUCUAUGUUUUAUAUUUAUUCUGAGCGUAGUGAAGGACAAACAGGAAACUUGGAAAAUCUUUUUUUUUUAUACUUGUUGGUAUUUUAAAUGAAAAUUUUUUUGAAAUUCCCAAUACUUCUCCAAAAAAAUGCACUUUGGUUUUAUGUAAAAAUAUUUUUUGGUUUAUAAAAAUAAUGCUCAAAAUUAUUCAUAUUAUACCAUAAAAGAUGUAGAUUUUUCACCUAUUGGUGCUUUAUGGGAUACAAAUUUCUAGAUUUGUUAUAGUUUUUCUGAUAAAUGUUAAUAAAUUGGCUUUAUUUUUGUUGAUUCUUGAGAUACCUUGACUACAGUGUGUUCGACGGAUUUUUCUUGCACUGUUCAUAUUAAAUUUCUAUUAAAUAUUAAUUGUUUUCACGCCUAUUUUUUAAAAAUUAAAACUGCUAUAGUUAAAAAAACUAUUAAUCAAAUAUCAAUGUAUAAUACAUUAAAAUGUUUUGAAUAAUAUUUUUUACAAAAUUACUAUUUUUAAAAAUUUCUUAAGUGAAUAAAUAGAUUUUUUUUUUGUGUUUAAGGGAUGAAAAUAAAAAUUUAAUUUUUCUCCAAAUCGAUACUGUAUAAGAAUACAAAACACUACUAAUACUACUUCGCCCAAAAUCAAUUGCAAAUAUAUUAAGGUGUAUAAAAUUCAAAGAAAUAUUCUAGGGAUCUAUCUCCAUCAUCUUCCUCCAUAACUACGCCUCUGAUUAUUAGUGUUGGGUCACUAACAGUAAUUUUAGUUUUCAAAACCUUGAAUAGUUUAUCUAUAUUGAAUUAUGCACUUAAUAAAAUUAAAAAUAAGUAUCAAACUUGAUUUUCUUUGAAAUAUUCAAGUUUGAGUAAUAAUUUCCCACCAAACUUCUGUUUAAAUACAGAGGUGGUCAAAAGUCGUGCAACGCCUACCGUCUGGUAUGGCAUCUGUUCUUACACCAUAUUCGGUCCUUACUUUCACGACGGCACGGUAAAUACCUUGAAAUGCUUGAAGAAGUCAAGAUCGAACUCGACAACAACGAUAUCUUCCGUGGUAAGCAAAUUAUCUGGCAAACUUUUUGCGUCACUUUUGGCCAUCUCUGUAUUUCAAAGUUUUUCAUAGUUUUAGAAGUUCUAGAACCUAUAUCGUAACUUAUUUAAUUCUAGAACUAUAAUUUAUAUAAAUACGAUUUUUUUUUAGAAACAAUUCUGAUUUUCUUAUAAGUUUGGGACAAACUCUUGUGAAUUUUUCAAGAAUUAUACCAGGGGGCACUUUAGUGUUUUUCCCUUCAUAUCCAUUUUUAGAGCAUUGCAUUAAUUAUUGGCAAGGAUGCAAUAUUUGGACAUCAAUCGCUAAGAAUAAAGUAAUACAAAUAAGAAACUAACAUAAAUUCAUAUCUUAAUAACUAUUGCAAUUAUUAUGUUUUUUUUUUAGUCUUUAUUUGUUGAACCAAAAAAUAAGGAUGUGUUAAUUAGUGUGAUUGAAGAAUAUUAUAAAGCAAUUCGGGAAAACAAUGGUGCAAUAUUAUUAGCGGUUUAUAGAGGAAAAGUUUCUGAAGGUCUUGACUUCUCAGAUUGGAAAGCUAGAGCUGUGCUUAUUAUAGGUUUACCAUAUCCUCCUUACCAAGAUCCAAGGGUUGUAAUGAAAAGAGAAUAUUUAGAUGAAAUGCGAAAACAAAAUAUACAAGUAAGAAGGAUUCACUAAUAAGAAUUAGUCCAUUGUUAAUUUAUUGCAUUUAUAAUCAUUGAGUUUAUUUUUGUGGUUGUAGUGUUUAUCUGGUCAAGAAUGGUAUAAAUUGGAAGCUAUUAAGGCAGUGAAUCAAGCAAUGGGACGUGUUAUUAGACAUAUUGGUGAUUGGGGUUCAAUUGUAUUUUGUGAUGAACGUUAUGCAUGUGAUAACAUAAAAUCACAGCUUUCUGCUUGGUUACAACCUAAUAUAAAAGUUUAUAAUCAGUUUUCAAUGGCUUAUAGAGACAAUGUGAAAUUUUUCAAAAACACUGGACCAACAGUAAGUAAUUAUAAAAAAUUGUUAAAUGUGUUGUACUAAAAACAGAAAUAAAGAUUUAUCUUGAUUUUUAGAUUCCUUCUGCUGUUUUGUUUUCAAAUGCAUUAUUUGAUGAACCUGCUCAAGCAACUGUGUUGAGGUCAAUAGAAUCUGUUAAACGAAAAGUAGUAGAAGAUGAUACUAUAAAACUGUAUGAAAGUUUUUUAAGUAAAAAUUUUAAAGAAACAGAAAAUAAAGAACAGUUGAAUAGUAGUAAAAGCAUUUUAGGAUCUGUUGAUGAUUAUGUCAAACAUAAAACAAUCAAUACUAUAAUAGAAAGUCAAACUUCAAAAAUUGAUAUAAAAUCUGAUAGAAAUCCAUCUGUAAAAAAAAAACGAAAACUUAAAAUAAUUCCAAAUAAAAUGUCUUCAGAAGAUUCGCAAAAGAAAACAAUCAACUUAAUGACAAAAGUAUGAGUAUAUAUUUGUUUUUGUUUUUUUAAAUACGUUAAUUCCAGCAUGGGUAGAAUUUGCCUCCCCCCUUCGUGUAAAAUUUUUUUUUUGGCCCAAAAGGUUCCAAGUAUCAAUUAUUAUUAAAAUAGCCGGAAUUUUAAAUGAUGAAAAAUGUAAUAAUGUAAGAGAUCUUACCUAUGCGAAGGCAUAAGAACAAAUGACUUGUAAUAGUUGGGUAUAAUUGAUAGAGCUAAGACAAUAAUGGCAAGUUCUUGACUCCUGCUGCAGAGAACGAAUAAGUUUUGUUGACGAUACGUCAACUUAGCACUUAGUGUUAAUUAUAAAAUAUACAAUGCACCUUUAUACUCUAUUCAAAAUAAGAUUGAACCAUUAAGAUGAGAAAAUAGCUUGUCUAUUUCUACCAUUAGAUUUCUUCCAGUAACCAAGCUUGCUCUCCUAAAUGUUGGCAAUGGCAGCAAUAACAAUGAAAGCCAAUAAUUGACCAUUCAUAGGAUGCAUUGUGCCAAUUUGAGGAGUGAAACUCACUCUUUGGCUCAUUGUGCAUGUACGAAAACGGGCAAUCUUAUUUUAAAUAGAGUAUUGUUACUGAUUAUUUUUAUUGAAUAUACACAACAAUAAUAAAUUUCAAUGAUUUGAGAAAAUUUUAAUUUGUUUAUUUUCUAUUUAAUGUUUCAUUUUAUUUGUUUAUGUUAAAGGCCAGAACUGUAUUAAAAGAUAAUCAUAUAUACACUAAUUUUGUUAGUAUUGUUAAAAAAUAUAUGAUCGAAAAAAAUUGUACUGAAUUUACUAAAAAUAUAGACGAGUUAUUUCCCCAUAAGACUCCAGAGAUUAUAGGCAUUUUAUUAGGUAGGCAACAUUAAAUUUUUAAAAUAUUAAACUUUUUAAAAACUACUUAGGAGUAUUUAUUUUUAUAUUGUUUAAUUUUGCUUACUUAAAACAUUACAGAUCUUCGAGAAUUUUUUGGAAAAGAAGUACACAGUCAAUUUUCCAAUUAUUGUAUCCAGUUAACAAAACACAUAUAGGCAUACCUAUAGAAUGUAAAUUUUUGUAAUUUGUACUCCCUAGGUACUUAAACUUUAUUUUGUAUAAUAUAUUUUAUAUUUUCAAUAAAAAUAUAUAUUUUGUAAAUGUGUAAUAUAUAGAUGCAGAUAUUUUUAUAAACAGAUUGAGCUAUAAUACUAAGAUUUUAUCAAACGUAAUGUAUGUUCUAUUUAUUUGAAAUUGUAUUCCACGGAGAAGAUUUAAACUAAAACUAUUAAAUUAAAAUUAUGACAAACUUUUAUAAAAUAAAAUUGGUUAUGAAAAAAAAGAAAAAUGUAUUUUUACAUUAUUUUAAUCUGGAGUGGCUACAAGACUAUACAUAUGAUCCAGGAUCUAUAAAGAAGAGAUUAGUGAGGUAUCAUGAUGUUUUCUGAUUAACUGUUGGGAG